AUCUCGUCCAGGAUCCCGUCCACAUUCACGAGCCCCCCGAGCCCCUGACCCAGCCAGCCGGGCCCCACGGUCGCUGCUCGUGGGACACAAAACUACGCCCACGUGGCCGAUGUGGGCCCAACGUGGCCACGCUGCUCCACGCUAAUUCCCCUCUCCCUGUCUCCCAUAGUCCCGUCACAGCCAUCAUCACCCCACCGCGGCGACCUUGGCACUCCGACCGAUCCACCGUCCCCACCCAAUGGCCACCCGCCUCGCCAUCGCCGCGCUCCUCCUGCUCGCCUCCGCUUCCUCCGCCGCGGCCGGCGAGGAGGGGACCGAGAAGGUGGCCGUGGCGCUGUACUACGAGUCGCUGUGCCCCUACUCGGCGCGCUUCGUGGUGAAGCACCUCGCCAAGGUCUUCGUGGACGGCCUCCUCGAGGUCGUGGACCUCACGCUCGUCCCCUACGGAAACGCUCGGAUCCACGCCGGCGGAGUGAUCUCCUGCCAGCAUGGUCCGUACGAGUGCCUUCUCAACACCGUGGAAGCCUGCGCCAUCGACGCCUGGCCGGAUUUGGAUGUGCAUUUCAGUUUCAUCUACUGCGUGGAGGACCUGGUGGUGAAGGGAAAGGGCCAGUACAAGGACUGGAAGUCCUGCUUCCAGAAGCUGGGCCUCGACCCCAAACCUGUAACACAAUGCUACAACAGCGAACUUGGCCACAAGCUUGAGCUCAAGUACGCGAACCAGACUAACGCUCUCGAGCCCCCGCACCGGUACGUCCCCUGGGUGGUCGUCGACGGGCAGCCCCUGCUAGAGGAUUACGAGAAUUUCGAGGCUUACAUCUGCAAGGCCUACAAGGGCACUCCACCGAAGGCCUGCGAGGGGCUGGGACGUCUGCAGAUGGUGCUCGAGACAGCGGAGGCGCGCAACGGCGUCAGCUACAACUCCGGCAUCAGCAAGCCUGCAACUGCUGAAGAUGGGGGUAGGGAGCGUAAGGUGUGGCGGGGAGAAUUCUAAUUGAUUGGCGAUGUGUUCUUUUGGAUCAUGUGAUUAUGUGAACAUAUAAGAACGUUACAUAGAGCCGUUCCAUCUUGCUGUGCAGGAUAUACAAUUUGUGGGGACUGUACAUCGUAUUAGCUAGUAUUACUGUACGAUGUAAUAAUAUACUGUAACAGAUAAGUAGUUUAAUGCAAAAUCACUGACCCCAAAGAGAAACAUAUGAUCCCCAAGUACGAGCCUAUUCGCUUGAGCUUA